AUGCGAUUUGCAUGGAAUGGAGAGGGGGCCCCAGGUGCAGCUCAGGGCUCCACAGUUGUCCGUAGAGUGGAGAGAGGGAAGAAAGCAGUAUAUUUAAUGAAUAGACUGAAGCGAAAAGCUUUGGUAUGGGGUUUAUUAUUUCUCCUAAGUGUCUGUAUAUACAACGCGCUCGCCUUUGUUGGUCUCUUUAAGCUUAUUCCUCUUUCAGGAAAUACUGCGUUUCAUACACCUACAAGCGACGUGUAUAAAUUUCUUCAUGAUAUAUUAGCCAAUGCAGCUCUACCUCUUGCCCCUUCUUCAGACCCUUUCGAUCAUCAUGCCGUUGUCGUCGGACCCUAUGGAGCCGUCCGGGCUCCGUACACCCGUAAUAUGGAAUUACUAAUGAAGAAAUUAAUUCAAAAUGUUUGGCUUAACAGAACGCCAAUUGAAAUUGAAGAUAAUUUCUCUAUUAUUAUUAGUGCUAGAAACGAAGAGAAGUAUUUAGUAAAGACUUUGUUGUAUUUAUUUGAAUACACCAAUUAUAAUACCAUUAAAGAGGUUAUUAUUGUGGAUGAUGCAAGCGAUAAACCUGUAAAAACACUUCUUCAAGAGAACGACAGCAAACUCCAAUCAAAAAUUAAAAAUAAAAUCAAAGUCAUUCGCUUCGACGAACCUCAGGGUUUAAUUCGAGGAAGAAUUGCAGGAGCAGACGCCGCUGUUAGUACAAAUUUAUUUUUUUUAGAUGCGCAUUGCAAACCGAGAAAAAAUUGGGAAUAUCCGCUCCUACAGCACUUAAAAACAAAUUACAGAAGAGUUGCUUGUCCUGUUAUCUUUGACAUCCGCGAAGACAACUGGGAAGACGUCGGGACGCAGGGUUCGAAGAUGAUGUUUGAGUGGACAUUUGAAUUCAGCUGGUUCGACGAUGUUCAAGAAGAAAUUCCUGUCAUGUCCGGCGGUAUCUUAGCAAUGACUAAGGAGUGGUGGAUUGAAUCUGGCAAGUAUGACGAAGGAAUGUUAGAGUGGGGUGGAGAAAACUUAGAACAAUCAAUGCGCUUGUGGAUGUGCGGAGGAGAAGUUGUAGUCGAUCCCCGAUCCCAGAUCGGCCACAUCUUCUCCAGGCCCCCCAAGCCUAACCCUCAGAAUAAACUUGUUAUUCAGGUACAGAAGAAUCAAAAGAGAGCAGCAAAAGUAUGGUUGGAUGAGUAUUAUGUUUUAUUUUAUUUAUAUCAUCCGGAAGUUCGUGGGCAUGUUGAAGGAGAUAUAUCUAAAAGAAUAGAAUUAAGAUAUUCUUCUUUAACUUGCAUGCCUUUUCAAUGGUAUGUAGAUAAAUUUAAAACUGCUUUUCAAAGAAAACUUCUUCUCGAUCAUGAUUACAGACAUAUACAGCAUAAAGCAUCAGGGCUCUGUGUGUCUGCCGAUAGAAAAGUGAAGACUUACGACUCCAUCAAAUUAUCGCCUUGCGAUGUCGCAGACCCAGAUCAGCACUGGCAAGCAGUGAGCGGGAAUCGAAUGCUGCAGAACAGAGGCACCCGCAAAUGUUUAGACGCUGCAAUAUAUGGUCAUAGCUCUCCUCCUAUUUUAUAUAAUUGUGACUGGAAUGGAGUUAUUAGAAGAGAGAAUAUCAACCAGCUCUGGCAGUGGGAUGUGCCCUCUCCCGCUGCUGCUGCUGCUGCUGCUGCUGCUGCUGCUGCUGCAGCUGCAGCAGGAAGCGCAGCAGAAGCAGAAGAUGAUCAAGGUCAAACUACUGGAAGAAUAUUCUCUUAUGAUGGAUAUUGGGGGCUUUCACUUACAGGUACAGAUAUCUUUCCCUUGCAGAGAAGUUAUUUAGAAGGGCCUAAGGCUCUUUGUCUUGCUGCAGAUAUCAGCAGCAGCAGCAGCAGCAGCAGCAGCAGCAACGAUAGCAGCAGCAGCAGCAGCAGCAGCAAUAGCAGCAAGAAUAAAGGUAAGGCUGACAAUGCGCAGCACGAUAACGCAGCAAACUCCGUAGCAGCAACAGCAGGAGCAACAGAAGCAGCAGCAGCAGCAGGAAAAGAUGCAGCAGCAAGAGCAGCAGCAGCAGCAGCACCACGUCUGUUUAUCAGGCCUUGCGCUGGGGGAUCAGAUGCAGAAUUGCGCUUCGUCUCCAAGUGGAGUUGGUCGCCUUUGUCUUCUCGCUUUGGAAGAAGGACGGUAGAAGAUGCAUUAAAAAUAACUGAUGAAUUUGCAAGCAAUUAUGUAGAGGGAAAGUAA